CUCUUACCUACUCACAAAAUUCCAUAUUCCACUUAGAGAGAAGGACAACAAAACAGUAACGACAAAAGGACCCCCCCACGCAUUGUCGACAACGUAGCCAUGUACAAGUCCUUACAAAGAGAGGAACUUUAAUCAAGGGAAAUUGUGAAUUUCUCUGUGGGAUAGAAACAGAGGAAACCCAGGAAGAAACCCGCAACAACGGCCCUCCUGUGUGCAGAGAGAGAGAGAGAGAGAGAGAGAGGGGUUGGAGAAGCAAUCUUUGGAAUUCUCAAGGGGCUCCAUGUGGGUUCUUGAUCAAUUGCAAAACCCAUUUCCCCAAAUUGUUGUGAUCGUUGUAUGGCACCAAUGUUUCAAGACGAAGGGUCUUCUUCUGUAACUUCAUCACCUCUCCAAUUAUUUUCCAUGAUGUCUCUUCCACCUAGCGUAGGAUCACCAUACCCAUGGCUUAAAGAACUGAAAUCCGAAGAGCGAGGUUUGUAUUUGAUCCACCUGUUGCUUACUUGUGCAAAUCAUGUUGCUGCCGGUAGCCUUGAAAAUGCAAAUAUUGCCCUUGAGCAAAUCUCCCAACUCGCCUCUCCUGAUGGUGAUACCAUGCAGAGGAUAGCUGCAUAUUUCACUGAGGCACUUGCGGACAGAAUCCUGAAAGCUUGGCCUGGUCUUCACAAAGCCCUCAAUUCCACUAGAAUAACAUUGGUUUCUGAAGAAAUUCUUGUUCAGAAACUGUUUUUUGAGUUGUUUCCCUUCUUGAAGGUGACCUAUGUUUUCUCAAACCAGGCUAUUAUUGAAGCCAUGGAAGGGGAAAAGAUGGUUCACAUAAUUGACCUGAAUGCAGCUGAACCUGCCCAAUGGAUUGCACUUCUUCAAGUUUUGAGUAUACGGCCUGAAGGUCCACCACAUUUGAGAAUUACUGGAGUUCAUCAACAGAAAGAGAUAUUGGACCAAAUGGCGUAUAGACUGACUGAAGAAGCUGAAAAACUGGAUAUCCCAUUUCAGUUCAAUCCCGUGGUUGGUAAAUUAGAUAAUCUUGAUUUUGACAAACUUCGUGUCAAAACUGGGGAGGCUCUAGCGAUCAGCUCAGUUUUCCAAUUGCAUUCACUGUUGGCAUCUGAUGAUGAACUCUUGAGAAAGAAAUCCCCACUAGCAUCAAAGAAUCUGAAUGGAAGUCACUUUCCUAGAGUCCUGCAAAUUAACCAAAGCACAUUGGGUGAGCUGCUUGAGAAAGAUUUAGCCAACGGGCAUAGCCAGAGUCCUGACUCAGCGUCAUCAUCACCUCUAUCGUUAAAUGCUUCAGCAAAGAUGGAUAGCUUUCUUAAUGCCUUGUGGGGUUUGACACCGAAGCUCAUGGUAAUAGCAGAACAAGAUUCUAACCACAAUGGAUCAACUCUAAUGGAGAGGCUAUUGGAAGCUCUUUACUCUUAUGCAGCAUUGUUUGAUUGUUUGGAGUCUACAGUGCCAAGAACAUCAUUGGAGAGAUUGAAGGUGGAGAAGAUGAUGUUUGGGGAGGAAAUUAAGAACAUUAUAGCAUGUGAAGGAGCUGAGAGGAAAGAAAGGCAUGAAAAGCUUGAGAAGUGGAUGCAAAGGCUUGAUUUGGCUGGGUUUGGGAACGUACCUUUGAGCUAUUAUGGUAUGUUGCAAGCAAGGGGGUUGUUGCAAGGUUGUGGUUGUGAUGGGUAUAAGAUCAAGGAAGAGAAUGGCUGUGUGGUAAUAUGCUGGCAAGACCGAGCCUUGUUUUCAAUAUCGGCUUGGAGGUGUAGGAAAUGAGAUCUGAAUUACUGAUCUCGCAGGUUUUAGUGUUUUUUUUUUUUUGCUUUGUAUGAAAGAAUUUUGUUCAUCUGCAAAUGAAUACUGUUAAGAGUGUUCUGAUGGUCCUCCAAUUACCCAGCCAAAAAAGGCCAUCUUCUUUUAUUACCUUCAUAUAGAAUUUGUUUAAUUCUUCUCAUUUUAUAUCUAAUAGAACCUUGACCAAUGUUUGGGCUGUAUAUUUAUUAACUAAUGUUGGGCAUUUUCCUGCAA